CUCCAUACCUGUGUAGGAAAAGAGAGAAAGUAUCAGUCUUUCAAAUAGAGUGGAAACUGAAAAUGUAAUGGCAAAAACAUGUCGUUAUGUUUUUACUUGCAUUGAGUCCGGCAUCAGAAGAAUGAACGCCACGGAAUUAAUAACAUUUCAUGUCAACUUAAAAUUCCUUAAAAUAAUGAGCUUGCUGGUUAAACGUGUGAAAAUCGAGCAGCUAUAUUGGAAGGCCAGCGUCUUCAGUUAAAUGGUUAGAGUAAAUAUGAGGCCAUCCCAUUGGUCGCCAUGACUAGAACCCCUUUCAAUUUGCUUGGUUGACACAAUGCAUGUCAACGCGGCUGCUGACAGGGGCAUCAUAUCGGGGUUGACAUUGUAAACUGCUUUCGCAGUCCAUUCUGUAUAGGGGGUUAAUCGUCGAAAUAAAGCGCUUUAGUUCUAGCCGUAUUUCACAGUCGGAAUGAAGUCCAGUCGCUUCACAUCAACAGCUACACAGAAGGCUUUUCAUUUCGUCGGCUUUCUUUAACAUCCGUCGCGUCGUUCACCUAAAAAGUUCAGCUGAGAGGUAAGUUUUAUCUGUAAGAAAGAGUAGUCCUGCAAAGAGUUCUGUGGUUCGGAAACACCUUGAGAGUUUUUACUCGCAGUAGGAUCAUUUUUAUCGCCUGUUUUUACGUUACGAUCAUGAUGUCGAACGUUACCGACGAGCCCAAGUAUAUGGUUUAAACCGCUUCUUGACCUAAGUGACACAAAACGGGUUGCUCUUAAUUUUUGUACAAAUUAUAUACUACGCUUAAUUAAGCAUAUAAUUGAUGUAUUUUAGCCUGGCUGUUACUACUUUAUACGCUGACAUCCUUUUUUCGGCUGUGCGUACCUUUUCCUGAGCAGUGAAAAACAAAACGUAAAAGGCGGUGAAACUCAUAGUAUUCAGUUACGGUCACUAAAUUCCAUCGAUCAAGCUUAACCUUCACGUUGAAUUGAUUUUACGCGCAUUUUCGAAAACAUAUGUGGCAAAGGAUUGAAGUUUGCCCCCACACGAAGGUACCGUGAAUAAAUGUGAUUGUUGUUCGUUUUAAUCAGUGGAAUUACGAGCAAGGGUGAAAGCAAAUGGUAGUUAUAUUCCCACGGAGAAGAACCCGUGCUUCUGUUUCGUAGUAGCACGUAUAGUGCACUCAACGUAAAAUUUUGUUUGAGGGCUCGUCAAUCAGGCAGAAAGCAAGACCAAACGUAACUACUGGGUAAAUUUAAUUUAUAAUUGUCAGCCAAUGUCGAGAGUAAAAUAAACUUCAUUAAAUCAGUACAAUGACAAGUAGGAGUCGCGAUAAAGCUACCAGGGAAUGCGAAAAACGUCUUUGCAACAGCCAAGAGAUUUUUGGGUGAUAUUAGCUCAUAGGAUGGUACGCGCUUUCCGUCGAGGGCUUUAAUCCAAAUCGAUUUGGACCAGAUCACGUUCAUAUCAGGAAGCGAAUUAUCAUAUGUACUGCAUGUUUCGUGCAUAACAAUCGUUUCAUAUAAAGAAGUGUUAAUAGGUGUUUUAUUCAAACAUAAACACUCUUUACCUUAUCCAGCCAUCAAAGACAAAUACGCCUUCGCUACUGAUUUCAUUUCAGUUGAUUAGAUUGACAAAGGUAAUUAGCCUGUAGUUUGCACGUUGCUGGUUACACCGUCUGAAGAUUGACUUUGAAAAUAUUGCGCAUAGAUGUAUAAGUCUUAGAGCGUCUAAAUAACUACCAAAAACAACGUCUACCCUUGCAAGGUUACUUGUGUAUUACCUUUUCAUGUGUUAUAGCUCUGGACAUUGCCAGGUUUCUACCUGAAAUCUUGAACCUCGAUCAUUACAAGUAUAUAUUGGAGAAUUUGCGCAGAGAGGGGUCAAGAACUAUUGGUAUUCAUAACACCGAAAAUAUAUAUUGAAGAGAAACACUGUCUAGAAAUUCAAAGCAUCUUGCAAGAUACAACAGCAUUGAACUGGUUAAUAUCAGCUCAGAUACUGGCAUCUAGUUCUUGUCCCAGUCGACCCCCAGUACGUAGAUCUUAGUUGUGCUCCCUAGCCGCUUUACAGCUAACAGGAACUGAUACAUAAGCAGACUUUUAAUUAGGGGUUGCGCCUUUCUCUAAAACAAUUAUGGCCGAAAUUUUCUGUUGUCUUUUUCUCUGUUUGUGCUAUAAUCUGUGCGAUUUAACUAUUCAAGAGUUUUGAUUUUCCACAUCUUUUUUUUCUGGACCUUGAAUCAAGCUACCUUCAAGAGAAUUCGCCGAUUGCCUGACGAGUUAUUCCCAGUGGAAAUAAGCUUCGUGGGGGCUUGUGCAGACAUCCAGUUAAACAAUAUGCAAUUAUAGGUCAAUCUAUGAAUUAAAAGCCAAAAACAAAGAGAACCGUCUCCGAAGGAAUAUUAGGCAAAUUCCUCUCGCUUAGAGAAAUAUGAAUUGUCCAAAAUUGCUAGAGUGAUCUAUCUGCAAUGGUAUUUUAGAAGCUGUUUUCGCACAUCUUUGACUGAAAAGAGGCAAUUAGAAAAUCCAGGACUACAAUGGUUCUUAAAAGUUCCUGUAACGCGCUUCAAAAAGAUUUCACUAUCUGUCUAUGGUAACGCAACUUAUUCAAGUUGCGCUGAUUUUCGAUCAUUUCAAGACGGUUCAGUCUCCAGUCGUUGACAGACUCGAACAACAACAGAGAGACCGCGUUUUUGCUGGAUAUAGUGAACCUGUUAAAUGACCAGUUAUUUUUGUUGUUUUCACUUUUUAUGCGAGCCUCGAGUCGAACAGGAAAUGUAAUUAAUGCGUGGUAAGUGGCAAGUUUAGGACGUCACUAGCCAUGACCCUUCAAUGACAAACCUCAAAGCUUUAAUUAAAAGAUCCGGCAAUGUCUUCCAUGUGUAAAGAAUACUUUUGUACGUUGAAUGCAAUUGUUUACGUUAGUUUACCUGACAGAUCUUUUUGGCCCCCAGCGUGUUUGUGUUGUCGAAUAAUUGUAAAUUAGUUGCUUUGUUCAAAGUCAAUCUUGAAGACAAAGUUAACUAACCUUCGGACUGAGACGCUUCGUUGUUUGGGCAGCCCAAUUACUCAGUUUACGGAGUUCGUGCUUGGCAUGAAAGAUGUUGAUCGCUCGGCUGUGGUCUUUAUUCUUUGGAGUAACGAUAUGCUUGGGAGUACCGUCCCUUUACACGGAUCACUCCACAAACGCCAAGCGUUCAGAGCUAUUUCAGGCGGCAGAGCAGUCCAUGUUGCAAAAAAUGGGCCUACCAUCUCGCCCCAGACCGACGAAAGGAUCAAAAGACAAAGUACCUCAGUUCAUGUUCGACUUGUAUCAUAAUCACAUCAAUGAUCCUGAGUGGAUUUCGACCAAUUUUAGAAACAAGGGAAAAUGGACCUAUGCCAACACCAUCCGGGCAUUUGAUCAUGAAGGUUACCAGCUGCCUGCUCCAGUGUCGGGAUUGCCUGCAAACAGAUGGAAUCUCUUCUUCGACAUCGCCUCUCUUCCCAGCCACGAGACCUUAAGAGCAGCAGAGCUUCGUUUGACGUUUUCAAAUGUAAAGAACCAUACCAAUGAAACCGAAAAGCAGCAUCGUGUGAAUGUAUAUCAAGUGCUACUUCCGGGAACAGCUGGGCAUCCUACCAUAACCCGUUUGAUAGACACGAGAAGAACAGCUGCUCGAGGAUUGGAGAGUUUUGACAUUAGACCUACGGUUCAACAUUGGGCACUUCAUCCAAACGAAAAUUUUGGCCUCGAAGUGCACAUAGCCGCGAAUGGAGAUUCACCAAACAUUCACGUACACACUGACGAGAGAGCCACUACUGACAGGAAGCCGCUUCUUGUCACGUUCAGCCACGAUGGGGCGCAACACGUUUAUCGUCGUCGGCGUAAACGGAGAAGUACGGGCAACCGUCCCGCAACAAAAGAGAGUAGCUACUGCCAAAGGCUUCCACUCUAUGUGAACUUUGUUGAAGUCGGAUGGAAUGACUGGAUCGUUGCACCACCUGGGUACAAGGCAUUUUACUGCAAUGGUGAAUGCCCAUUUCCCAUCGCUGAUCAUUUGAACACCACAAACCACGCCAUAGUGCAGACCCUAAUGAACAGUGUGAACGAAGAUUUAGCGCCGCGUGCAUGCUGCGUGCCCACAACGCUGAAUCCCAUCAGCAUGCUCUUCAUGAAUGAGCACAGCAAAGUGGUGCUCAAAAACUACCAGGACAUGGUAGUAGAUGGAUGCGGAUGCCGGUGAACGGAAGGGAUGGAAAUUUUACAUCCUGGAUGCUUAAGAUGUUACAUUGCUCCUAUGUUAGGACACAAGACGACUUUCUUACCAAAGAGUUCAAAGUCAAAUGAAGGAACCAUUCAACCUUUGGUUGAAACCUGCCGUCAGUCAAGUCAGGAUGCUACGGCAAGAACCAACUGACCAGAUGCGUGGGACACAUCAAUGAAAUUGCACGUGUAUUGAAAAGCCGGAGAAUUUAUAAAUACAUCGGAAAACAUAUGUACAUAACGACUGUCGACGAUGAAUUAAACGUUGACUAAGUAAAAUAGAGAUCAGUGAAAUUAUGAACAGCAAUGGAUAGAACUUUGAUAUCCUAGGUCAAAGUUAAAAUAAUAAAUGGAUUUUGUCCAUUUGUUUAUAUAAGAUAGUAAGAUUUACCUUAUAUUCGACGUGAAUAUGAAACGAAGGUUAUCCCCUAUAGUAAAUUAAUCCGUUUCUUGGAAAGAAAUGAUGAAAACAGAAAGAUUGUUUUAAACCUAAGUAAGGUUGCAGUUAUCAAUCCAUAAUUUGUCUCCCUUGUCCCAAAUACCAUUCCUUGCCCCCUAUGCCAACUAAUAGUCCUAAAAGUACAUGUCGUUAUAAAAAAAAGACAGACUGGUGACCUUAGUUCAGUUAACUAAAAUAAUGUAUCAUAUAUUUAAGAGACGGAGAUAGUAUUGUAAUCCGAAAGCCAAGAACUGUAUUCUUUUAGAUUGUGCAUCUAUUGUGCGUCUCUUAUUUAACACCAGGUAAACUCGAAUUAAAACGAGAUUGACUAGUUAAAAUAGGAAUUGACCAAUAAUUGCGAUGUAUAGUUUCUACUUUUAGAGUCUGUGAUGACAAAUACCUAAAUUAAAAUGAAGAUUGAUUAAGUCA